UAUAAACCAUGCCUGCCGUUCUCCCCAAAGUCAAAUCAUAACGAUGAAUUAUUCGAGCAGCUUUUACCGGUUAUUGAAAACCGUGGGAUCUUCAUCUCUGUCUUUUGGGAAUGUAUUUCAUGGCCCUUCAAUUGGAAUGUUGAAGCAGUAUCACAACAUUCCUUGUCCCAACAUUGAGGAUGAAAGUGAAGCAGAACCAUUUAGUUUAAUCAUGACAGACAAGGUGAGAAGAAAUUUAGUGUUUGAUAGGUGGAGAAAUUCUAUAUUUGAUCGUAAAGAACUUGGACCUGGAAUGGUGCUCUUCAAGAAUUACCUCACCCACAUGGGCCAGGUUGAUAUAGUGAAUAUAUGUCAAAAGUGGGCUAUGGGUCCGGGGGGUUUUUACCACCCUAGUAACCGAAGUGGAGCUAAACUUCGAUUGCAUAUGAUGUGUUUUGGUCGACUGUGGGAUCCAGUAACAAAGUAUGAGAAAAGUUACAGAAGUGAUGGUUCUGCACCACCACCGCUUCCAUAUGAAUUUAUUUCAUUAGCUGAAAACGCAAUUCAAGAUGCCCAAGUCCAUGGACUUCCUUCAAUGCUCCCAGAUAUUUGUGUAGCCAAUUUAUAUUCAAUCUAUGAUCGACUCGGCCUUCAUCAGGAUUGCGAUGAGCAUGUUGGUGGUCUAGAUAGAGGAUUGCCUGUAGUUUCCAUCUCCAUUGGCAACUCUGCUGAAUUCUUGUAUGGCCAUACUAGAGAUGAAAACACGUUAGAAAAGGUUUUGUUAGAAUCAGGUGAUGUAUUGAUAUUCGGUGGCAAGUCUAGACUUAUUUUUCACGGGGUGAAGAAAAUCUUGUCAGAUUCAGGUCCCUCGCAGUUAUUUCAAGAAACCUUGCUUAAGGGAGGCCGUCUAAACCUUACGUUAAAACACCAUUGAUCCUGCUCUUAUGCCCGUUUUUUAAGAAGUGUAUGGCAUUUAACCGUUUCAGAUUUCUCUCAUCUUCAUUUCUUGUUGGUGAUCGUGUUCAGGUUCAUCAUGUUAUGUUGGGGCUAGUGAGAUAUUUUUCCAAUUAGUGGUUGUCAAAUUUUAUUUUUAUUUAGUGGUUUAUUUAAAGUAACUAAUGUUUUACCAUGUUUAUUUGAGCUAAACUACGGCCACUAAUAUUGUAAUGUUGGUAA